AUGGACUAUUAUAUCACGAGCUCACGCAAAGAACUAUUCGGCAACUCUGAGGCGGCAGGAUCGAGUCUUCCUGCUGAUCCUACAGAAUUGGCGGUAUUUGAUGAUGCUCUCAAGGCCCAGCUGGAUGUACCAAUCGUUCCCGAUUCUGAGGAAAAACUCAAAUCGACCAAGAAAUCCAAGAAGAGGCGACAUGUAGCAGAUGCUGUCCAAGUGGAGCCUGUCUUUGAGUUCAAACUCGUCUCUGGAUCUAGCCAACCCCAAAGCAUUUCUCUUCAGGAACCGGCUGCUUUAGCAGGUAUCUUAAACCCACACGUAUAUGAGGAUACAACAGAAGAAGAAGAUCAGAGAAGGCAACGUGUCAGCGGGAUAGCCGUGGAUACUUCCUGGCUUUUGAAGGAAGCGAGCACGAAUUGGGCAUCUCCCAAACCUCAUAAGCAACCAGUCGAAGUGAAGGUCGAUGUUAAGGGUGAUACGAUACCAUCACUGUUCGUGGUGGAAAGGCAACGAUGGCCAUUGAAACCAAACGAGCGCUCGUCAGUUGCCGCUAAGGCAAAUGUGCAGAAGAUACGAGUGAAAUAA